AUGGUUCCGCCACCGAAUCCGUUUGCGAUAGCAUCGUCUGCUAUUCGCACGAAUACACUCUCUGCACCUAGCCUACAGGCAGUUGGACCCAGAUCACCAGGUUACUCGUCGAAUUCCUACAGCCACUCGACAUCUCCAAGCACAGCAUCUGGGAGCCUACCUGAAAUUCAGCAUCACGACACGCCAAGCCUAAUCAUUUCUCCUACUCAGAUUUCAUCUGCAAACUUGAACGCGCAAAAACGGGCCUACAGGCAGCGGAGGAAGGACCCUUCGUGCGACGCUUGCAGAGAGCGAAAAGUCAAGUGCGAUGCUACGGAGACUUCAGCUUGCUCUGAAUGCUCGAGCCGUAAUCACAAAUGUCAAUUCACCAAGGAGACCAAUCGUCGCAUGUCUUCGAUCAAACAGGUGCAAGAUCUACAAAGCCAGAUUGCAGAGUUGAAGACCACACUGCUAACCAAGACAACUAAUGAUCCUUUGGAGGCCGAGCGAACAGACAUGAAGCGUCGACACUCGGAGGCUCAGGUUGGUACCAUGUCAGGUACUCGAGUUCCGAUGCCCUCCAUGCAUAACUUUGACCACGUUCGCCGUAACAUCCAAAAACACGCUCAGGGUGUGUUCAGGUCGCCCCAUGAAAAUCGCAGCGUCACUGCAGAGUCCACCUCGGGGCUACCUGAAGUACCGCUACGGGCCGACUUUGCGCAUCUUUCACGAUCCUACCUCACUUCUAUCCACCAGUGGUAUCCAGCAAUACACUGGCCAACGUUUCAACAUGAAGUGGAUGAAGUCUACACAUCGAGGAGUUUCGCCGGCUUACCCCGAGAAUGGAUCGGCCUCUUCUUUGCAGUACUGGCUUGCGGCAGUUUGCUCAGUCCCACUAGUUCUCCAAGCGGAACACCACGAGGGCAGGCUUUCUUCGACAUUGCAACCCAGGCCCUAACACCUUGGUCGCAAGAUCUCACAGUCACACAUGCACAAGCAGCAUUGCUGUUGAGCAUCUAUGCGGCAGAGAACAAUGAGAAGUCUGUCGGGUCAAUGUGGCUGGCCUCUGCUAGUAGAGUAGCCCAGGAACUGCAGAUAAGUCCUGAAGUGGACUGCUGGUCUGUUGUCGAUAGCGAAGUUAGGCGCAGACUGUGGUGGGCGAUAUACGUGCGAGACAGGUUGACAUCCCUAGAAACGAAUAGGCCAGUGUUGAUUCACGAGGACGACUGCGAUAUUUCGCUUCCCUCGUCGGUCGAAGAUCGCUACAUUCAACCUCAAGGUUUCUUCCGCUCUCAGGCAAAUUCCGCACCGUUCACUGGUUUUAUCGCAACUAUCUAUGCUACACGGAUAUACACCGACGUGCUCCAGAGUCUAAAAUCCAGUAUCGUAACAACUCGCGUUCUGCAAAGUGUUGAUGAGCAGUUUUACUCGAAGCUAUCUUUACUUCCAGAUGCGUAUCAAAUCAGCUCAAGCGCUCCUCUUGAAGCCUCAGCGUUGCCACCAAUCAUUACCCUGCUCGACGCCCGCCUCCACCUGUACAGACGCAACCUCAACCCUAGCUGUCACCAUACAGAACGAAGCCAAGCACUGAGUCGGUGCGCCUUGGUCGCUCAGGAUACCGCCAAAUACAUCUCCAGAGCAUUGCACAAUCCGCCUAAAUCAGAGGCUGAGACGAGCUGGCAGGCGAGAGUGGCACCUAUCGCAAGCAACAUGCUGAGCAUGCACUUAUGGCGAUGCAUCCUCGUCCUCUGCUUCCGCGGCGAAUAUGACGCUGCCUUGAUGUGCGUGCGGCUCUCGGCCGCCAUAAAGAACACACGGAAAGUCAAUGCUGCCUGUGGCCGAAACAUCCUGUUCUUCCUGGACCGACUGGCAGACCGCACGCGAUCUGGUCUGGGCGAUGCCCAGCACCUAGAGCGCAACGAAGAAAUGAUGGCCUAUGUCAGCGGCGAUGCACAAGGCAGUCUCGAACACUCGUGGGUGUGGGCAGGCGCCGACUUGUCUUCUCCCGUCUCUCCGCACACGUCCCCACACAGCGCUGUGCGAUCUCAGGGGCUCGACGAGCCGAUGCGCGAUAACGGGCUGCCAGUACGCACGGCGUCUGGGUCUCCUGAGAACGGCAGUGGGGAGAGGGAUGAGUGGGCGCGGAUCGCGCAGGUGCUGAGAAGACUGAUGGACGAGAGUAGGCUCAGGGCUGCACAACCCCCUCCCCCUCCACCUCCGACUGCUACUACGACGUAUUAUCCUCCUCCGCAUAAUCCUGUCAAGCGUGUGCAGUUGGCGUCUGAUACGGCCAACUCGGCCCCGGUACCUACUCCAGCGCCGUCGAGCACGAGCCGGAUCAGCAUUGCGAAUAUAAUAUAG